GAAUUUUGAGUUCGUUUCCUGAACCGCGUCAUUUGAGUUGACAAAUGUCCAAGACAGAAACACAUUAUUUUGAAAAUUGCCCAAACCAUGGAACUCAUAUCGUGUCCAAAACACAGUAAGCCAUGUUCUCUGAAGACAGGCACCAAGCCAGGCCCCAACAAAGGCAAGAGUUUCUACCUGUGCAUGGAUAACUCUGAUGGACAGUGUGACUUUGUGCAACAAACAUCUCUGGCGCCGAAGUGUUGUCCGAACCAUGCUGGGGAUUUUGUGGAGCUGCAGAGAUUGGUUGUGGGGAAACAGUCUGGAGAGAAGAGGUGUUACUACAGGUGUGCUGACGGGAGAAACAACAAGACAUGGUGUGGAUGCUACAACUUCUCAACUCAGAGUAAGUCAGCCCUCAAGGAUUACAAUUAUCAAGACAGAGAUAAAUCUGCAGUGAAGGACUCUGAUGUAUCAAGUAAAAGUACAGAGACUUCAGCCAAUAAGAAGACAUCCUCAUCAAGUAGCGACUUAGCAGACACAGGCAAGAAUACUAGUGAACUCAACUGUAGUGAAAAAGAUAGUGAGAGGACUUCAGGAAGUGAAUCAUCUUCAGAAUCUGAAGGAGCAGAAUCCGGGGGGAGAAAUCAUUCAAAAUCUGAUGGAAAAUCGGAGGCAGGCGUGCCGCAAAAAAAAGCAGACGUCAAACAGAAAGGAGCAAAUGUCGAGCAGAGAGGAGCAGACGUGAAGCAUAAAGAAGCAGAUGGCAAGCAGAAAGGAGCAGACGUCAAACAGAAAGAAGUAGAUGGCAAGCAGAAGGUUGAAGAGAACAAGGAAAAAUGUGGAGAGAAUCGUGACAAAGUUGAACCUGAUGUGGUAGUUGUUGAUGAUAGUAGUGAUGAUGAUGAUGAUAAUUUGCCAAGCUUCCACAGUCUUGCGAAAAGGACGCCUAAAAGUAAGGCGAUGUCAGUUGCGGGUAACUCAAGCUUCACAUCAUACAGAGACGGAGAGGUGGAGAGUUCACAUCAGACAGGACAGACCAAGUCUAAAGACCCACCAGCUGAACCUAUCAAGGAACAGUCACCUGUGGACUCUUUAAGUAAUGAAGUCCAGAAGAUGGGUUUGGGAAAAGGGGAAGACAACCCUUACUUAGACCUCACCUUGCAACAAGCCAUCUCUCGGAAGAGAGAUCUCCUUCAAGCUCUUCAUAAGAACAAGGAAAUUGCUCAGAGUAGAGUGAAACUGUCCAAUCUUCCCGAUGGUGGUGUUAAACUGACGCAGAUGAUAAACUCCCUCAGCACCAAUGUCAGGCAGCUGGACGAGAGGAUCGCUAAAGGACUCAUACCGUCUGUGGACAUAGAUAAAGGGCCAGACGCUCUGCAUCCUGGUACCCAGGUUCAGACAGUUGGGGCUGGGCAGGUAAAUGGUCCACAAGUGAUCAAGGUGAUGCCGGACGGUUCCAAGGUGGUAAUGAACUCUCAAGGAAGUGCUGGACAGCGUCAGACAUCUCUUCUACAACAUGCAGUUCAGAUUCCACAACAUGUGCUGCAGCAGAUGUAUGCAACUAACCCCCAGGCCAUGCAGCUGUAUGGAGGCAGGAUGACUGGGGCAAGACUCAGGGAAGUCACCUCCAUCACAAAGGAGGCUCUUGAAAAACUCCACAAGCAGUUAGAGUCAUGUCCCUCGGAGGACGAGGAGUUGGAGGACCCCAAGGGGUUGACCGUCCCCCUCAUGAUCCACCAGAGACAGGCCCUAGCCUGGAUGGCAUGGAGAGAGAAGCAAACGCCUUGUGGAGGAAUUCUGGCUGAUGAUAUGGGACUUGGGAAGACAUUGACAAUGAUCUCACAUGUUGUGAAACAGCGUGAGAAACAUGAAGCUGGCACUGAUGAGGAAAAGUCUGCCUGGCUCAACAGAGACAAGGAGCUACAAAAGUUGGAUGCGUCAGUCGUGCCGUCACGUGCAACUCUUGUGGUGUGUCCGGCGUCACUCAUCUACCAAUGGCAGAAGGAGAUUGAGAAGCGAACACGAUCGGGACUUCUUAGAGUUGAAGUCUACCAUGGUGCUAACAGGGAGAGAAAUAUCCUCAAGCUUGCAAAGUGCGAUAUUGUACUGACCACCUACAACAUUGUCAGCAAGGAAGUGGGCGUGGUCAAAGGGGAGAGUGCAGAUGAACCUGUAACCGAUGACAACAAGGUUAAAAAGGAUUCGGAGGACAAGGCAGGCCCGCAGCCGAUGAUGCUGCGGAUUGGAUGGGAGAGAAUAAUUCUAGAUGAGGCUCACAACAUCAAGAACCACAAGAGUCUGACUGCCAUGUCUGUGUCCAAGCUGCGAGCUAAUUUCCGCUGGGCUCUGACUGGAACACCCAUACAGAAUGAUCUCCUUGAUAUGUACUCUCUGCUCAGAUUUCUCCGAUGUUCCCCGUUCGAUGAGUACAAGGUAUGGAAGAAACACGUGGACACAGGGAAGUCUCAUGGCACCACGAAACUGAACACCAUCGUCAGGUCACUGUUGCUGCGACGAACCAAGACCCAAACUGGGAAGGGGGGGAAACCACUGGUGAAUCUGCCCUCGAAGACAGUAGAAACAGCUGAGGUACAGCUGACACCAGAGGAGAGGAAGAUAUAUGACAAAGUCUUUGCCCAGACAAAGUCGACUGUGCAGGACUACGUCAAACGGCACGAGGAGAAGGAGAUGGGGAUAAGUCGAGGUACCUCCGAGUCGUCGUCCAACCCCUUCAGGGACAGCAUCACAGAGCAUGAAGGGAGGGGCGUGGAACUCCCAUGGGGCGGGUUUGACAAUGUCCCUCAGCCACAAGCAAAGAAGGCAGGAGCGAGCGAGUUGUUGGUUCUCCUGCUGCGGCUACGCCAAUGCUGCUGCCAUCUCAGCCUUAUGAGAGAUCACAUUGAGCAGGAGACAAUGGAGAAUGAGGGCAUCGAAUUGACCUUGGAGGAACAGAUGAAGGGCAUGAUGUUGGAUGAGAUGUCAGCAGGGGAGAAUGGGGCCAAGGCUGAGUCGUCUCCCUUGUUUGAGAAGACUUCAUUAAGCACAAAGUUGAAAGAGUUGAUGUCUACGCUGCAAGCAAUUAAGAAAGAGAGUGAGCCAGGAUCAGUGAUAAAGAGUGUGGUGGUGUCGCAGUGGACGAAGAUGCUGGACAUCGUUGCCGUGCACCUACGGAAGGUCAACAUCUCCUUCAACAUAAUACAGGGCAGCGUCCCUGCAAAGAAAAGGAUCGAAAUGGUGGAGGAAUUCAACACCAACCCAAAAGGGGCAGAGGUGAUGUUGGUGUCGCUGAAGGCUGGCGGUGUUGGCCUCAACCUCAUUGGUGGGAGUCACCUGUUUCUGUUAGAUAACCACUGGGAACCCGCCCUGGAGGAACAGGCCUGUGACAGGAUCUACCGUGUUGGUCAGCAGAGGGAUGUUGUUAUACACAGGUUCCUGUGUAAAGACACGAUUGAGGAGAAGAUCCUGGAACUACAGAAAAGGAAACUCUCUCUAGCCAAGAAUGUCCUCUCAGGAUCUGGAGCAAGCAGUCAGAAGCUGUCACUGGCUGAUCUACGGCAGAUGUUUGGUGUUUAACCUUACUGUAGAGAUAGUGUAUUAGUCUAUAUGUAGAUAUGGGAACUGGGAUAUUUAUUAAUCAACUCCCUCACUCACUCUAGAACCAAGGUAAUGUUAAAUAGUAGACACAAAGAGAGGCUUGAAAGAAGGAAUGAGAAGGUGAAAGAAGGAAUGAGAAGGUGAAAGAAGGAAUGAGAAGGACAAAGAAUGAAUCAUGGACGGUCUUGCCGCUAUACCAGUAUAUUGCAAGAUGUUUUUUGGACCAUAUACAUUGUAAGAUGAUCUCUGUGUUCCUUUAUGUCCUGGGUCUCCUUCAACAAAGAUCUCUCUCUGAACUGACUGUCAUGAAUGUUUGACAAUAAUGUGCUUAGACAUUUUAAUGGGCUCUCUGGGAGACUGUGAAGCAUUUUUUAGUCUAAACAUGUCAUAUUUAUUUAGGUGUUUUGCUAGGUACCGAAUUUUUGUUACUUUAGCUUGCAUAUGUGUGCUAUUUAUUUUUCUGUUGAAUAUUUGCAAGUGCUCCAGUUUACUGCUAUAUUUGUACAUAGCUCACUCUCAUAUGCAAUAGACAUAUCAAUUAUGUUCUUUCAAUUGUGAAAAAUAGGAAGUGCCAUGUAACGCUUGUAUCAACAAGAUCAUAUUUUGCUGACUGAAGGUCUGUGUGACACAGGCAGGGAUAUAAAGCCCAUUUCUGGUGUCCCCCGCCGUGAUGUUGCUGGAAUAUUGCUAAACGCGGCGUAAAACCAAACUCAGUCAGUCAGUCAGUAUAAAGUCAGGACACAGAAAAAAAUGUGGGCUGCACAGAUACCUCCUCACCUUCAUGAAGUACCUCUAUCUGGAACUAUCUGGAAUAGAAACUCAGACUACACUAUGUUUCAUUUCAAUUUCAAUUGACUAUUGACUAUUUAUUGCUGACUAUUUAUUCUGUCUAUGUGAAUAAAUAUUUCAAACAUG